ACCCCUCGAUCUCGUCAAACCUCCAUCUCCAUUUCUCAACCGGAGAGAUCUCAACGGAAUCAAAAAACUCAGCCAUGAUCCGAUUCACAAGACCAAAACCAAUACUCGACUCACUAACUCACAACCUCCUCCAGCAAUCAUCCUACGCGAGCGGAACCCCCAAAGGAAAAUCAAAGCUCAAAACAAUCCAAGCCUUAAAGCGCCACAAAGCCACCACCAAACGAGGCGGAGAGGAAGCAUCUAAAGGGAAAGUCACAAUCUCCGACCCCUGCAUAAACCCUCCUUGCCCCGUCCGUUACCUCAGACCCAAAGACAGAGACCGAGAGGCUCAGCGAGAGAAGCUCGGCCUAAUCAGCAAGGCGAGGCAACGAGAGAUCGAUAUCCAGAAAAAGCUCGGACCUUUCACGACCCGAUCCACCCAAGACCCGAUCAGGAUGGUGUUUUCCGGGUUUGAUUACGUCUCGUUAGGGAUUUUUAGUGAGGAGGAGUUGCCGAAGUAUAAGGUUACGGUGGAGGAUGGGAGGAGGCUGGCGAAGGAGUAUAGUAGAGUGCUUAUGAAGGAGCAUAGGGAGAAGCGUGCGGCGGAGAUUGAGUUGGUGAAGAUGAGGAGAGAGGCGUUGGAGGCGUUGCCGGAGGAUUUGAAGGAGAAGGCUUUGGAGCGUGAUACGACGACGUUUCCGGUGAUUAGGGGAGCGGCUACGGUUUUGCCGCCGGUUGAAGGGUAUUUGGAGAGGAUUAUGAAUGCUGCUAAUAAGAAGAGUUCGAGUAAAGAGAAGCUGAGAUGAUCUAUAGAGAGCUUCUUACCCCGUAGAGUGCAAUGGCAAGAGUCCAGUCCUAAAGCUUCAAGACCACGAUUCUCCAAGGAGCAUCAUAGUUUGAGAGCUGACGUAGAGUAGUCUAGCUAAUGGCUAAAAUUUAUUUAUCGGCAUCUCCUCUUCUUUUUUUUUUUCUUCCCCUUACUCUUUGGUAAACUAAUCAAGUUUGUGUCUCUCAGAGAUCUUGGAAACAGAAUUUAUAAUUAAAAAAAAAUCUAUAAUU